AUGUUGGCGACAAACUUUAAAAAGGUUAUCAUUUACAAAAGAAACGUCUGCUCUCGGAAACCGUUCGACAUCCUUCUCAUAACAUCUACUCAGAUUAACAGGAAAGAAAUCAGAGCAGAAAGAAAUCCAGUGAAAAAUGGUUGCAAAGAAGUAUGUGAGGAUUCUUGCUCAGACCCCUUGCGGGACAGCCAAGGGCCUAGUCAGGAAAAUUCCAAGACCAAGUCCCCAACAUCCCCCCAGACGGGCUUCAAAUCGGCCAGGAUCUUCCCCGUCUUCAAGACGAAUAGGUGGGGCAGCUCCGCUGCGGCGUCCGGGGUCUCCCAUAGGGCCGACGCGCCGGUGCUCUCACGGUCCUCGGCCUCGGCUGGCAGCGGGCGUCCCUCUGCUUCGCGAGUCGCCGGCCGCAGCCGCCGCUCCAGCGCGCCCCGACCUGGCCCCCUGCCCCGCGAAGAUGGCUGCCGUACGCCGGGCCCGCAGUUACUGCCGCUGCCUGGUGCGCUUCUCCGACCGAGAACUCUGCUAAGCCCCGCUGCAGCAGACAGGCAGGAGUAGACACCGGACACCCGGCACCGCUCCUCCGCGGGGGCGGUGCAAGGGGGCGCGGAGAGCCCCUCGGCCGCAGCUGGCCGCCCCGCCAGCAUGGCAGAAGCUGAGGAAGAUUGUCAUUCUGAUGCUGUCAGAGCAGAUGAUGAUGAUGAAAAUGAAAGUCCUGCGGAAACUGAUCUGCAGGCACAACUCCAGAUGUUCCGAGCUCAGUGGAUGUUUGAACUUGGCCCAGGUGUAGGCUCUAGCAAGUUAGAAAAUCGACCUUGCAGAGCAGCUAGAGGAUCUCUACUGAAAGCAGCAGCAGAUACCAAAGGAAAACAAGAACAGGCAAAAGAAGAAAAGGCUCGAGAACUCUUCCUAAAAGCAGUAGAAGAAGAACAAAAUGGAGCUCUCUAUGAAGCCAUCAAGUUUUAUCGUAGGGCUAUGCAACUUGUACCUGAUAUAGAGUUCAAGAUUACUUAUACCCGGUCUCCAGAUGGUGAUGGCGUUGGAAACAGCUACAUUGAAGAUAAUGAUGAUGAUAGCAAAAUGGCAGAUCUCUUGUCCUACUUCCAGCAGCAACUCACAUUUCAGGAGUCUGUGCUCAAACUGUGUCAGCCUGAGCUUGAGAACAGUCAGACUCACAUAUCAGCACUGCCAAUGGAAGUCCUGAUGUACAUCUUCCGGUGGGUGGUGUCUAGUGACUUGGACCUUAGAUCAUUAGAGCAGUUGUCGCUGGUGUGCAGAGGAUUCUACAUCUGUGCUAGAGACCCUGAAAUUUGGCGUCUGGCCUGCUUAAAAGUUUGGGGCAGAAGCUGUAUUAAACUUGUUCCAUACACAUCCUGGAGAGAGAUGUUUUUAGAACGGCCUCGUGUUCGGUUUGAUGGAGUGUAUAUCAGUAAAACAACAUAUAUUCGUCAAGGGGAACAGUCUCUUGAUGGUUUCUAUAGAGCCUGGCACCAAGUGGAAUAUUACAGGUACAUAAGAUUCUUUCCUGAUGGCAGUGUGAUGAUGUUGACAACCCCUGAGGAGCCUCAGUCCAUUGUUCCUCGAUUAAGAACUAGGAAUACCAGAACUGAUGCAAUUCUACUGGGUCAUUAUCGCUUGUCACAAGAUACAGACAAUCAGACCAAAGUAUUUGCUGUAAUAACUAAGAAAAAAGAAGAAAAACCACUUGACUACAAAUACAGAUAUUUUCGUCGUGUCCCUGUACAAGAAGCAGAUCAGAGUUUUCAUGUGGGGCUACACCUGUGUUCCAGUGGUCACCAGAGGUUCAACAAACUCAUCUGGAUACAUCAUUCUUGUCACAUUACUUACAAGUAGGUGAAUGAAUAAAAAUACCAAAAAUAUAGCAU